GGGUGAGCUGCCUCUGCCCGCCUUUCCCCAAAAGGGAGUCCAGCUGACUUCCGGAAGGAACCCGGCGUGCCUCGUUCCGGGGCCUGGUGGGGAUGGAGAGAGUCCGAAAGGCUCGGGCCGUUGGUUCCCGCCACGCGCGUUGCGACCGAUCCCGCUAGCUGACCCGGGAGCAGCGGCCCUUUCGCUCACGGGGAGCCCAGCGUGGCAUCCGCGAAUAAGCGCCCCAGACCGGCAGCCGCCUCGUGGCCGAGCGCGACUCAACAAGAGGGCGUUCCCAGGGCGUCGGGGAUUGGUCGCUAGGAUUGGGGUGGCCCCGCCCUCCGGGAACAUUUGGGCGCGCUCGAGGUUCGUUGGCUUGGCCGUCCUUUGCGCCUGCGCCUGAGGCGCCUGGUGAUUGGGUAGAGAAGUGAGCGCCGUGGGGACGUCAGACCGCAGUAGAGACGAGCGACAGACGCUUCGCGAGGCGGUCGGUUUGGAAAAGGAAGGAUGAGUAAAGCACACCCGCCGGAGCUGAAGAAGUUUAUGGACAAGAAGCUAUCAUUAAAACUAAAUGGAGGUCGGCAUGUUCAAGGGAUAUUAAGAGGUUUUGAUCCAUUCAUGAAUUUGGUGAUAGAUGAGUGUGUGGAAAUGGCACCUGGUGGACAACAGAACAACAUAGGGAUGGUGGUAAUACGAGGAAACAGCAUCAUUAUGCUAGAAGCCCUGGAACGAGUAUAAAAAAUGAAGUACUGGCUCUUGCUACAGUGUGGGCAAUUUUUAUUAUUGUUGGUUCUACAGGAUCAUUCCGUGUUUACAUUUUUUAAAAAAUAAAUUCUUAAAAGUAUAAA